CAAAUUCGAGUCACUGACCCAAUUCUCUCUCUCUCUCUCUUUCUUUCCCUCUCUGUGCUUAUCCAAGACCUAACUGAUUCCUUGAUUUGCUCAAACCCUAAAUCUUCUCUUUUAUUUCUCUCGACAUUGCUUCCUUAAUCAUUCCUUUUCUCUACUUCUCUCUCAUCGCAUUUUUUCUAGGCAAUGGCGUUGUACGAUCGGACGAUUCUCGUCACCGGUGGUGCCGGAUUCAUCGGCACUCACACUGUGGUACAGCUGCUGAGUGAGGGAUUCACGGUUUGGAUUAUCGACAACCUUGAUAAUUCUGUUCUGGAGGCUAUUGAGAGGGUCCGGGACUUGGUCGGUGCUGAGCUCUCUCGGAAACUCCAUUUCAAUCUGGGUGAUCUUAGGAAUAAGGCGGAUUUGGAGAAGCUUUUUUCUCAAACCAAAUUUGAUGCUGUGAUCCAUUUUGCGGGCCUUAAAGCUGUAGGAGAGAGUGUAGUGAAUCCUCGCCGCUAUUUUGAUAACAAUUUGAUUGGCACAAUUAAUCUCUAUGAGAUCAUGGCGAAAUAUAACUGUAAAAAGAUGGUUUUCUCAUCAUCUGCAACUGUUUAUGGUCAACCUGAAAAAAUUCCAUGUGUCGAGGAUUUCAACUUAAUGGCUAUGAAUCCAUAUGGCCGUACUAAGCUUUUCCUUGAAGAAAUUGCUCGUGACAUUCAAAAGGCAGAACCUGAUUGGAAAAUUAUUUUACUGAGGUACUUUAAUCCUGUUGGGGCUCAUGAAAGUGGUAAACUUGGUGAAGAUCCAAAGGGUAUCCCAAAUAAUCUCAUGCCCUACAUACAACAAGUGGCUGUUGGCAGAUUGCCUGAGCUUAAUGUUUAUGGUCAUGACUAUCCCACAAGGGAUGGUAGUGCGAUACGAGACUACAUCCAUGUUAUGGACCUAGCAGAUGGUCAUAUUGCCGCUCUCCGGAAGCUUUUCACAUCAGAGGAUAUAGGUUGCACUGCAUACAACUUGGGGACUGGGCAAGGUACAUCAGUACUUGAAAUGGUUGCUGCAUUUGAGAAAGCAUCUGGCAAGAAAAUCCCCAUCAAACUAUGUCCAAGGCGAGCAGGGGAUGCAACUGCUGUUUACGCUUCUACGGAGAAAGCUGCAAAAGAGCUUGGUUGGAAGGCAAAGUAUGGUAUAGCGGAGAUGUGCAGGGAUCAAUGGAAGUGGGCUAGUAAUAACCCAUGGGGGUAUCAUUCCAAGCCUUGAAGAGGAAAUUUAUGUGGAAACACCAUGUAAUACUUAGCACCCCCACCCAGAUCACACUGGGGCCAGAAAAAAUCCAUUGGACUUCAUCAAACAUUUAUGAACUGAUAAAUUGGAUCCUUCUUUGAGUUUAGGGCUUAAGCUAAUGAAUUACCUCCUUUAUCCUGCAAAAUGAAAUAAGGUAGAUAUACAUGUUUGGAUCACUUUAUUCCAUUGCUAUUUGGGCAAUAAAUGGCCCUUCCUGAUGACAAACUUGUAUCUUUAGAAUGAAUUAUUGAAUUGAACAUUGAUCUAUGUUCCAAAAUGAUGAUCUCUCUGUAUCCCUUCAUUGUGCCCUUAUCCAGUCAGUGAAGUUACUGGUCAAAACAUAUAAGUCACACUACAAAACAAAAAAAUCACAUGGGUAAGCUUUUUAUCUUUAACAUGUUGUUGGUUUUCCACAAGUGUGCUAUUUUUUUAUUGAUUCAGGACUUCUUAAAUCAAGAGAGUUGACAUCAACAUUUCUCUUUCGACUACCUGCCUCCUUUUUGAAUUGGGAAGCGUUUAGGGACAAGAAGCUCCAUCUCUCCAAGAAUCACCCCUACGUGCUUACAUGGCUUCCUGUGAUUUGAUUAAUUUGAGUCCUAAAGCAAUUACCUCAGCAUGUUUGUUUUAAAUGUUGACUUACUGACUUCGAACCAAACUCUUCUAAGUUAUCAACAGGGUUGAGGACCUAGGAAGAUGCCUUCUAUCUUCCCAUCCAUUCUUCAGGAAUAUUAUCUCUAAAGAGAUAGAAAAGAGAGGGCGCAAUGAAAGAAGAAAAAGACUUGGUGGUGAUUGCUUGUAGGUUAAUGGCUGGCGUUUCACCUGCAGCGGCUCAUUCUCCAGCACCACAGCCAUUACCAACAGCAUCUCCGGUAAUACAGCCGGUAUCAACAUCAUCUCCAGCAACACAGCUGUUUCCAACACCAUCUCCAUCAACACAGCUGUUUCCAACACCAUCUCCUUUCUCCUUCUCAGUUGCCACUACAGGGUGGAGCUCUAGACCCUCUGUCUAUUUUUCCCAUUGCUUCCUCCGAAGCUUGGCUCUUCUUUUCUCUUUUGUCUCUGCUCUCUCCCUCACGGUCACGGCCCCAUCAAGUGGACGAGCUAGCUUCACAAAGUACCCAGAAUUAACGUACUGUUUGGUUGUAACCAUUUUGGCUCUCACUUACUCAGCCUUCCAACUAUCUAAAAGUGUUUGUGACAUUACCCACAAAGGCUUUCUCAUCUCAGACAGGGUGUCCGACUACAGUAGCUUCAUUCUUGAUCAGUUGGUGGGUUAUCUUCUUGCAUCCUCUUCUUCGGUGAUAAUACCAGCCAUUCAGCGGGUCGAACAAACUGCACUCUGGAAGGCAGGCAUAGUCUCUGUUUGCAUGUCCUUUGCAGCUUUCCUUGUUACCGCAAUCUGUGCCCUCUUUUCAGGCUACAAACUUUGUAAGAGAGUCAUAUGGUGAUGCCAUCCUGGUGUAAAUGGUUCCCCUAUUAUUAAUCUGAACUUCUCUGCUUCAAUAAAUAGGAAAUGUAAUAACAAAGAAGUUCCUCUAUCAUGCUUACACUACUAGUUUUUUCA